CCUUGUUUAGUUGGGUGCAGUUUGAAUGCUCUUUCACUCGGCACAAGAUGUUGAAGACUUUGGGAUUACUGGCAGUUUUACUCGUUCCACUUCCAUCGCUUACCAAAGCCGAAUGUGGAAAGCGCGUCGCUCAGUCGUCCCGCGUGGUAAACGGUGAAGAAGCCACACCCAAUUCGUGGCCGUGGCAGAUUUCUCUCCGCUACCGAGAUUACCCAGACGUCAAUGCUUACGGUCACAUUUGUGGAGGAUCACUAAUUGAGAAUGACUUGGUUUUGACAGCCGCUCACUGUGUAGAGUUUCAGCCCGAUCCUGCUGUAUUUAAAGUCAUUGUUGGUAAGUUUAUCACAUAGCUGCUUCGGGGAUGUGGAUGGACCAUUGUCUAUUGUUAUUUCCCUUUCCUUCGAACGACUUCAA